AUGGAUAUCCCGGCGGCUGCCAAUGUGCUGGGAACAAUGGGAGCUUUGAUUCCUCAAAUCCUUGUUAAUUACAGGCGACAUAAUGCCACUGGGCUGCAGCCCACAAUGAUGAUGCUGUGGGCCUGGGCUGGCGUCCCUCUGGGUGUGUAUAACAUUGCCGAAGAGUACAACAUUGCUCUACGCAUCCAGCCGCAAAUCCUCACUGUCCUCAGUCUUGUGACGUGGAUCCAAUGCUAUUAUUACGAGAAGAACUGGUCAGUAUUCCGUUCACUUGCUGUCGUUGUCCCUAUAGCCUGCCUUAUGGGUGGCGUGCAGACUGGCCUGAUCUUUGCGAUACGACAUGCAAAGGACAAAGGGCUGCAUUGGCCUAGUAUCUUGAUGGCGGUCGCUUCAGCUACUUUGCUUGCUGCUGGUGUCUUGAGGCAUUACAUCGAUGUCUACCUCUUUCGGACUGUUCGCGGCAUUUCGUUCAUUUUUGUAGGUAUCGAUGCCUUAGGUGAUGUCUUCUCCUUGCUGUCUGUCGUGUUUCAGCCCACGCUCGAUAUCUUGGGAAUCGUCAUCUAUGGCACUGAGCUGGCUCUCUGGAUUGGCAUAUUCAUUUGCGGGGCUUACUACAACUUGGUGCCUUGGAUUGUAUCAAAGAUAGACGACAAGAAGAGUCGGCAAGUCCCUCGUGGUAAUGGUGUUUGCCAUUCCGCGCACUUGGGUGGACACGAAGAAGGUCCAGGAGUCACAUCUGGCAUUGCGCUUCAUGAUCUGCCUUCUAGCACUUCAGUCUUCCGGACGCCAUCGGGAAAUAUGCAAGUCAUACAGCGCAGUGUAAGCUCGUCGCACGGGACAAGAAUGGACCACACACUGCGGUAA